AUGCCUUCUAUCGAUAAUCCCGCUAUCCCGAGGGGCGCCACGGUUCUCGUUACCGGAGCCAACGGCCUCUUGGGCUCGCAUAUUGCCGACCAGUUCCUCGAGUAUGGCUACAACGUCCGUGGUACUGUCCGAGAUACGGAGAAGAAUGCUUGGUUGGCCCAGCUCUUUGAAAAGAAUCAUGGACCAGGCCGCUUUGAGCUCUUCCAGGUGACAGAUAUGACUGCAGAAGGUGCUUACAACGAGGCGGUGAAGGGCGUCUCUGUCGUUGCUCACACAGCUUCCGUCAUGUCCCUUGACGCUGACCCUAACAAGGUCAUCCCUGAUGCUAUCGCCGGUGCCAUCAAUGCAUUGAAAUGCGCCUAUGGAGAAUCAAGCGUCAAGCGCUUCGUCCUUACCUCGUCAUCAGCUGCGGCCGUAUCCUCUAAGGCGGAUCAGCCAGGUAUCACAGCCACCGAGGAUACUUGGAAUGAGACUGCCGUAAAGGAAGCAUGGGCAGAGCCUCCCUAUGGCCCGGAGCGUGCUGGGGCUGUAUAUGCCGCAAGCAAGACUCAGGCGGAACAGGAAGUGUGGAAGUUUCACAAGGAGAACCGCGAAAAGCGCCCGGAGCUUGUUGUCAAUACUGUUCUUCCCAACUUCAACUUCGGCAAGGCGCUUGAUCCAGUCAACCAAGGAUAUCCUAGCAGCGCUGGUUUGCCGGUUGCCCUGUACAAGGGAGAAGUCACAUGGAUGCACAAGCUGAUUGUGCCCCAAUACUUCAUCAAUGUCCAAGAUACUGGCAGACUUCACGUGGCUGCCGCCGUCCUCCCACAUGUCGAAGAUCAACGCAUCUUCGGAUUUGCAGGACGAUUCAACUGGGAUCUGAUGUUAGAUAUCUUUCGAAAGAGUGAGCCAGAGAAGAAGGUCGUUGAAAACUUUUCGGGUGGAGAAGACCCCAACGAGAUUGAGCCUCGUGCCAAGGCAGAGCAAUUGCUCCGUGAUUUGGGACGCCCGGGCUGGACAAGCUUGGAGGAGACUAUACUGGCGAAUGUCAAGGACGUCAAAGAAUAA